GGAAAGUCGUACGCGUGUAAAAUUUUGUGAGAGUCUCACAAAAACUUCCAAUAUUAUCACGAUUUUUAAGUAGGAUUUUCAAAGUUUUAGGUUUGUUGCAAAAAUGUUUAUGUGGGAAUGGUUCACUGGAAUGUUAAACUAUUUAGGGCUAAUGAAGAAGACUGGUAAAUUAGUUUUUCUAGGACUAGAUAAUGCUGGUAAAACAACCUUGUUGCACAUGCUGAAGGAUGACCGUAUGGCACAGCAUGUACCUACCCUUCAUCCAACAUCUGAAGAAUUGUCAAUGGGUGGCAUGAAGUUCACAACGUUUGAUCUAGGUGGUCAUAAGCAAGCUCGACGCAUUUGGAAAGAUUACUUUCCUGCUGUUAAUGGAAUAGUCUUCAUCAUUGAUUGUGCUGAUGGAGAAAGGCUUCCUGAAUCCAAGAGUGAACUAGAGAGUUUGUUGGCUGAUGAACAGUUAGCAAGUUGCCCUGUUCUUCUUCUUGGUAACAAAAUUGAUAUCCCAGGUGCUGCUAGUGAAGACUACAUCAGACAGUACUUUGGCCUUUACGGUCUCACCACAGGAAAGGGAAAUAUAGCCGCUAAAGAUUUACAAGCCCGGCCAAUGGAAUUGUAUAUGUGUAGUGUGUUAAAAAGACAGGGAUAUGGUGAAGGCUUUAGGUGGCUGGCCCAGUACAUUUAAAAUGCCAGUUUUGUAAUUUAUGGAACUGAAGUGACUUCAUUGAGUGUCUUCAAAUGAGAAAAACAAAGAUGAAAACGGCAGAGGAUGUGAAAUAAAGAUUUCAAACUACAUAUAUUAUCAGAGGAUACCCUUUCCUCCAUGAAAUCUAGGGAUGGACUUAUUGCAAUUUGUUGUGUCAUGAUUGUAACUCGAGUACUACCAUUGCAAAGCUAAACUGGACAUAAAAACAAUGCGGUGUAGCACAUGCACCACAUGUAUUUGGGAUACAAUUAUUUUUUAAAUUCAGGUAAAUCUGUUCAAUCCAGAUUAGCUAGGCAAUGGCAUUAAUAGUAAAAUUAGGAACUCAUUAGAUUGCAACAAAAUCUAUGACAGUUUCCUUUAUUUUGGUUCUUAAAAUACCUCAUGGAAUUGUUUUGAUGUAGUAAACACACCUCAAUAGAUAAAGUAAUACAUUGUGCCUUAAUGUGCUGUGACUUAUUUAAAUGUGGUCUUCAUGUACCCAAAGCCCAUGGGCUGACUAAUUUGUAAAGGGUAGGAGGUUUGAAUUUAGUGAAAACAAGUUGACUUGUGAUUUUCAUCAAGUGUUGGUAAUGCCAUCCUUUUCCUGGCAUGGAGCUACUUUUGUUAGUACAGAAAGAUUAUCUCGAUAGCCACUUGGCAUAAGUCAGCCUUGACCUGUUUUGCUUUUUCAAUUAAUGGCAUAAUUCAUACUUUUUGUGAGGAAUUGCCUUGACUUGAUGAAAAUAAAAGAGAAUGUUAUUUAUUAACAUUCUUCCAACAGGUGACUCAACACAGUUGUACAAGUCAUGUAAAUGUUUAAAUUUUAUCAGCUAGGUGUUGUUACCUCCUUAGGUUAGGCAAGGCUAAGUAGCACUGUUACAUUUAUUUUGAAGUUUUGAUUAACAGUUAUUUGUAUUCUGCAUAGAAAAAAAAAUACUGAUAGAGAGUUAUGUGGAAAGUUACCACAGAUCUGAACCUCGACAGUUCCACAGUCAAACACAAGUCAGUUAAACAAUAGAAUUCCCAAAUUAGAGCAUGCAAUUGAUGUAUGAUCUCAGAGGCCGAUACAAAAUGUUCUUCAGUUUUUUUAUUUUUUUUUUGUCUUUUUUUGCCUUUUGAUUUUAGCAGUCUGUGUGAUUGUUGUCACAUUGUACUAAACAAUGGCCAAUCUAACGUGCAUGUGGAACUGGAUGGGUGAAGAGUCAAUUUACUUGAUAUUUUAAGAGGACAACCACCUUAACAAACUGACUGGUUACAAUUUCCUGGAACAAUUUUUAGUCCUCUUGUAAGAUUACACAUGUACAUUAACUUCAAUGCAAAAGAAUUAUUUUAUAUGUACAGUAUUAAAGAACUGAAAUAGUAAGCAGAA